GCUGCGUAGAGGAAUAACCAAAAUACAAACCCUAGCCAUGGUUUGGGUUUUGGUGCCACUGCUCCUCCUCCUCCUCGUGUCUGGUUCUUCUUCUCCAGUUGUCCAUGCAGCAGAUCAUGAUGGAGACGACUACAUGAUGGUGGCAAUGAACUCGCUGAAACCGGAAGCCACCUGCUUGGGGCACAGGGAGAUUCCACCGCAGAACGGCACCUGGGUACCAUUGCAUCACCCGCUUGGGCCGUGCUCGCCGUCGCCAUCAGGUAAGCCGCCGUCCUUGGACGACCUGCUCCGGCAGGACCAGCUCCGCGUCGACCACAUCCACAGGAGGCUGUCGGGAGACGUCGGCGACGACAAGACGGGCUCCAACAAGACUGAGGAGCCUGUAGUCAUCGUAAGCCAGGAGUACCACCAGCUCGCUAGUAAUUUCAGCGUGGGCUCCAAUGUAUCUCGGGCUCCGCCUCCGGCUCCGACUCAAGACUACCCGCAGAGCAUUGAUCUGGCGGCGAUCGGCGGCGGUCGGCAGAGGCUGCCAGGAGUGAUCCAGACGAUGGUGCUCGACACGGCGAGCGACGUGCCGUGGGUGCAGUGCGUGCCGUGCCCCAUCCCGCCGUGCCACCCGCAGACCAACACCUUCUACGACCCGACCAAGUCUCCCACCUACGCCGCCUUCCGCUGCAGCUCCUCGACCUGCCGGCAACUCGGCCCCUACGCCAACGGCUGUGUCGGCAACCAGUGCCAGUACAAGGUCACCUACCCCGACGGCUCGUCAUCGUCGGGGACGUACGUCUCUGACUUGCUCACCAUCAACCCCACGAACUCCAUCGCCAAGUUCCAGUUCGGCUGCAGCCACGUCGAGCAGGGCACCUUCAACAACCGCACCGCCGGGAUCAUGGCGCUCGGCGGCGGCCCUGAGUCGCUUGUGUCCCAGGCCGCCUCCAUCUACGGCAACGCCUUCUCCUACUGCGCCCCGCCGACGGCGAGCCACAAGGGGUUCUUCCGCCUCGGCGUGCCGCGCGUUGCCGCCACCAGGUACGUGGUGACACCCAUGCUCAGGUACAAGCAGGUGCCCACGUUCUACCGCGUCCUGCUCCGGGACAUCGCCGUCGCCGGGGGGCGGCUCAACGUCCAGCCUGUGGUGUUCGCCGCCGGGUCGGUGCUGGACUCCCGCACCAUCAUCAGCCGACUGCCGGCGACGGCGUACCAGGCGCUGCGGGCGGCGUUCAGGAACGCCAUGAGGAUGUACCGCAUGGCACCCCCCAAGGGGAGCCUGGACACCUGCUACGACUUCACCGGCGUCGUCGGCACCGUCCGGCUGCCGAAGAUCACGCUGGUGUUCGACAAGAACGCCGUCGUGGAGCUUGACCCGUCGGGGAUCCUGUUCAACGACUGCCUCGCCUUCAUCCCCAACCGCGACGACAGCAUGCCUGGCAUCCUUGGCAACGUGCAGCAGCAGACGAUCGAGGUGCUCUAUGAUGUCGGCGGCGGGGCUGUAGGGUUCCGCCGUAACGCGUGCUGAGCGCGAUGGCGGUCGGGAGGAUGCUCUGCUCUCGACGUAUGAGCCAGGGAGUUUUCAAGCUGAUCCACAUGCCUUUACAAGCAGCUACCACCUCAUAGAACCAAGAUUUGCAUUGGUGUGAGGCUUGCCUAUGUAUAUGAUUUACCUUUAAUUUGUCGUUGUGCUAUUACCCCGUAUUUUUUAUAAUUUAAUGCAUAACUCAUAUAUUGUGUUGUUUUUUAAGUUGUCCCA